CUCCUCCUCCUCCUCCUCCUCCUCCUCCUCCUCUUUUGUCCUCUCUCUCCACUUCUGCUCUUUCUCUGUAAAUUCAGAUGAAUGCAGUAUGUGGCAGGCUGUGGCUGUUGGGCUGUUGAUACUCAUGACUCUUCUCCAGGUAUCAGUCCAGGGACCUCACCAGCGUUUUCUGCUCAAGGAGCUGCUGAAGGACUACAACCCCAUGGAGAGGCCAGUGGCCAAUGACUCCCAGACUCUUACUGUUCAGUUCUCCUUCUCUCUAAUACAAGUCAUGGAUGUGGAUGAAAAGAAUCAGAUCCUCACCACGAAUGCUUGGCUGCAGAUGCAGUGGUACGACCACUAUCUCCAGUGGAACCAGUCAGAGUAUCCUGGAGUUAAGAACCUCCGUUUCACUCCAGACCAGGUCUGGACACCUGAUAUAUUACUUUACAACAGUGCUCAUGAUAAGUUUGAUGCCUCCUUUAAGACCUAUGUGCUGGUUAACUCCAGUGGUUUCUGUGAAUAUCUGCCUCCAGGGAUAUUUAUCAGCACAUGCAAUGUGGACGUGAGAUGGUUUCCCUUUGACAUCCAGCAUUGCGAGCUGAAGUUUGGCUCGUGGACAUUCGAUGGCUGGCUGUUGGACAUCCAGAUGAAGGAGGCAGAUGUGUCAGGAUACAUGCGCAACGGAGAGUGGGACCUGCUGGAGGUCCCUGGGGGUCGUCAUGAGGUUUUCUAUGACUGCUGUGCAGAGCCGUACCCCGAUGUUACCUUUGUGGUCACAUUACGGAGGAGGACCUUGUUUUACGCUCUCAAUCUCCUCAUCCCAAUUGUGCUCCUCUCCUCCAUGACCUUGCUUGUCUUCCUGCUCCCCGCAAACUCUGGGGAGAAGAUCAGCCUCGGCAUUACGGUUCUUCUGUCUCUGACUGUCUUCAUGUUGAUGGUUGCAGAGAUUAUGCCUGCCACUUCGGACUCUGUCCCGCUGAUAGGUCAGUACUUUGCCAGCACCAUGGUGAUUGUGGGGAUGUCGGUCGUAGCUACGGUCAUCGUCCUGCAGUUUCAUCACCACGACCCCAACAGUGGACACAUGCCGCGCUGGGUGCACUUGGUUCUGCUGCAGUGGGUUCCUUGGUUCUUGCGGAUGAAGCGUCCAGGUGAGGGAGUGGAUCCCACACUUUCCAACAGCCAGACCGACUCUCAGAGCAAGACUAUGUCCUCUCCUACCACCACCGCUACCACCGCCACAAUCCCUACCCCAAUGCCCUCCAUCCUCCCGCAGAGCCUCAACUCCCUGCAGGUUACCCUCGCUCAGCUCAGCCACCCACUGUCACAUUCACAACCUCACAGGCCCAACUCUCAGGCUGUCAUCCUCCCUAUUCCCAUCAACAGAGAUCCCAAUCCACACUCCCAGCCCAACGGUCAUCUGCCCUACAUGGGUUUCCAGACCUUCCAGACGACUGUAGAACUGGAGCCAUUUCAGAGGAACAGGGCCAUUUAUCAUGGGAGGGUCAACAGUGGACUAGGUGGAGGAGAAGGAGAGGGAGCAGCACCAGGGGGAGGAGAACCCGCUGGAGAUUCCCCAGUCCAUUACCACCUUCCAUCCUCCAAAUUUGGGAUCUCAACUCAGGAAGCCACCCCAGACCCAGAUCCGUUAAUCACAUCCUCUGGACCUUGUGGUUUAGAGGCUGGAGCAGGAAGAUCGGCUGCUAUGUCUGCCCACAGCAGUGUGAACCGAUCUGUUGCCGUGGACAACCAGCUGCAGGCUCUCCUGAUGGAGGUGCAGUUCUUAGUCGAACGUGUUCGCGAGCAGGACCGGCAGCUGAGCGUGGCGGAGCAGUGGCAGUUUGCCGCCGCUGUUAUCGACCGCCUGUGCCUGGUGGGAUUCAGUGUUUUCAACAUCAUCUGUACCAUUGCUAUUUUCAUGGCUGCACCCAACUUUGGAGAAGCACUAUCCAAAGACUUCCUGUGAGAGGACGAACACAGAGACUUGAGAGAAAAUGGGAUAAUAAAGCAUGAUACAGAUAAGGAUUUAUUGGAAGCACAAUUGUCUGUGAAGGACACUGGGACAUAGCAGCAAAUAUUUCCUUUUAAGGAAGCUUGAUUGGACUGUGGCACAUGUGGACUACAUAUUAUAGUUCAUUCUCUUCCUUUCAGAGUAUUAGACACAUAUUCAUUUGGCUUUUGGUUUCUGUGGAUGUUUCAUUUACAUGUGGAUGAUGGUUGGUGGAAUCAAUCUAUGACUGAAACUUAAAAAAAGACUUCUGUGAAUGAGGAUCUUGAAGUAAAGCAUGACUUUACGAGCUUUAUUAAGUAUUUGUAUUAUUCUCAGACAUGCAACACAGUGUUGCUCAGCUGGAAAAAAACAGUCACUGCAGAGCUUUUUACAUUCAAAUGAGAACAAUGUUUCAUUAAAACUGAUCGAAUUUACUGUUCACUGGACUUGAAUUAAUUAUCAUCGGAGAGAGAUUUCUGACGACAGCUCAGAUCAGUCAUUUGUCACUUGUUUAUUCUUCUCUGAUGUGGGACUUUCAAUUCGUUUUUCUUACGUUUUCAUUCAAGAAGAUGUUCAAAAUGAUCGUGACAGACCACAUUACUGAGUUUAUGUUUUCAUAAAGUCUGAAAAUGAUAAUUGUGUGAGUCUAAUAUUGUUACCGUAGAGAUCUCCCUAUCACAAGCAUUCUUCCACUUUUUCUUUAUCAAACUAAACACUACACUGAUAAUAUCUGGAAUUAAGAGGCGGAACGGCUCCUUCUGUUCCCAUGUUAUGGAAGAUCGUGAUAUAACACUAAGCCCCAGGUAAAGUAGACCGUAUAUCACAAAGCUUCAUUCAUAACCUGGAACAUUACUGUCUUCAUGUGCAGACACUGACUCACUGCAGUGAACAUUUUAAUCUUACAAACACACACAGUCCCUCAUCCUUUCAUUUACCCAAACAGAGAAAUGAAAUCUAUGUCCUGAGUGUAAAAAAAACCCAAAACACGUUAAUGAAGUGUUGGACGAAUGCUUUGUUGUGGCAGAUUGAGCUGAAAGAAUUGUCAAA